GUUUUUGGAUCGCAUCGUGAAAAGUUGAAAUUUCCUCUGCUAGUGCGCUAAAGUGAAAUUACUUUUGUAAAGUGUUUAGAAAUUCCUAACUGCAAUGUUUAGCUGAAAAUAACUUCCAGGUCAUUGUGACCAAAUUCUUCUGAAAUCAUUGCUGGAAGUGUUAAGUUUCAACAUGUCCUGCGGCGAAGGAAAUCAAUCUUCGGCGUGGCCUAAGCAUGGCUGCUUCAACUUGGGCGACGUGGUGACGAACAGCGUCAAGGUCCUGACGGACGACGAAAAACUACGCCUGGAAGAGCAGAACAAACGGAUGGUGACGGAUUUCCAGGCGAAGAAGCUGGAGCAGGAGGCCCGCAAACAUUGGGAUCUGUUCUACAAGCGGAACGAAACACGUUUCUUCAAGGACCGUCACUGGACCACGCGGGAGUUUGAGGAACUGCUGGCUGGCGAGACGGUGGGCGAUAACUCGGAAGUGACGAAGACCAUGCUGGAGAUCGGUUGCGGGGUAGGGAACUUGGUGUUCCCGUUGAUCGAGGAUGGCCACCGGGAUUACUUCAUCUAUGCGUGCGAUUUGUCGCCACGUGCCGUCGAGAUGGUCAAGCAACAUAAUCUCUACGACGAGACGUAUAUGAAGGCGUUCCCGUGCGACAUAACCACCGACGAUGUGUUCGGGACGAUUCCGGAGGGCAGUUUGGAUAUUGCCACGUUGAUCUUCGUGUUGUCGGCGAUCCACCCGCACAAGUUUCGGACGGUGGUGAGGAACAUUUUUCGGCUGAUGAAGCCCGGUGGAAUGGUGCUGUUCCGGGAUUACGGUCGGUACGAUAUGGCUCAGUUGAGAUUCAAGCCGGGACACAAGAUUGCGGAAAACUUUUACAUGCGGCAGGACGGGACCCGCAGUUACUAUUUCGCGGAAGACGAAGUCGGCGAUUUGUUUCGAGGGGAAGGCUUCGAGGUGAUCGUAAACAGUUACAUUCACCGGAGGACCGUCAAUCCGAAGGAGGGUAUCGAUGUGCCGAGGAUUUUCGUGCAGAGCAAGUUCCGGAAGCCGUGUGGAUGAGUUGAAA